ACGGAACACAAACGCACUGCGGCCGAUGGUUCCGGUUGUUCUUCCCGGCAGGUUAAACAUCAUAAACAAAUACAGUUCACACGGGUCUCUUCUAAGAAUACAACACAACAGAACGGUAAACAACUUCAGAGCCAGAACAAACAGGAGCAGCAGCGUGAGGACGAGGAGGACGAGGAGGACAAAGAGGACGAGGAGGACGAGGACGAGGAGGAGAGACGAUGCCGAAGAAAGGGAAGAAGGACGGCAUGAAGACGGAGGAGGAGAGGCUGGUUCUCCUGCAGCAGAAAGCUCAGGCUGAGGAGGAAAUGGCCAAAAAGAAGGAGGAGACGCUCACGCUGUUUCUGAAGGACAAGCUGCAGAAAGAGCAGAGGAACACGGUGGUGAACCUCCUGAAGCUGGACGAAGGCUGGAGGACGAUUCUCCGUCACAGCCGAGAGGCCGAGCUGAGGAAAGACAUGUCCGUCCUGAGGCAGACGUCCGGGAGACAGCUGGACGACCUGGACAGCGUCAUCCAGAAGCUGGUGCGUGACCUGGAGGAGGCGGAGCUUCAGGCGGCUCAGGUGCAGCGAGCUCACCUGCAGCAUGUGGAGAGUCUGAAGACUCAGCAGGACAAACAGCUGGAGAGUCUGGAGCAGCAGUGGGAGCGCUGCCUCCAGGACCUGAGCGCCAUGUUCUCUUGUGAGAGGAAGCAGAUGCUGUCUCUGUCUCAGCAGCAACGAGUCAAACUGUCCAACCAGAAGCUGUUCAUGGAUCAGCAGGACAGGGACGACGUGCUGGCCGUCCAGACGCUGUUUGAAGACAAACUGGCGCUGCACCAGAGUUCGCUCGCAGACAUGAUGGCAGACGUGAAGGUUGUUGUGAAUAACCAGGAGAGCAUCAAACAGCAGCAGAAGACGUGGGAAGAGAACCUCCACGAGGUUCAGCACCUGGACAUGAUGGCCUCCAGCAUCCAGAAGAAGAUCAGCGUUUACCUGAGGAGGAACAAGAAGCUGCAGGACAGGAACCUCCUGCUGAGGGACCGUCUGACCUCCAGCACGACCAGACAAAGCUCGAUGGAGAACGACCUGACCGCCGCCAAGAAGCAGGUCAACCGCCAGUAUCACGAGCUCCGGGAUCAGCUGACACGAGCUCGCGCCGCCGCCAGGAAGCAGCUGAUGGAGCUCAGUGUCCAGAGCGACGACGCCACCAAGAAGCUGCAGGCCGUCAUCGCCAAGGCUGAGAAAGUCCUGAGAGUGGCUGAGCUGUGCUGUAAACUGGAGAGACAGCAGGACAGAGUCUCACCUUCGUCAUCAUCAUCAUCGUCUCCUUCGUCCCACACAGAGGGACAGAACAGAACCACUAAGGCGUCUGACUUCAUGGAGCUGCAGCAGCUGCUGCGUCGUCUGAACGCCGCCGUGCAGCAGAGAGAAGCUCUGAGGAGACACGGGCUGAGUCUGAGCCGAGAGAACCAGCAGCUGCAGGUCCUGCUGCGCCGCCACCAGGACGCGCUGGACGGGGGACACGCCGUCUCCGUCUCUGUGGCCGUGACCCGGGCCCCCACCACCGCCACCGCCGGCGCCGCGCCGCCAGCCGCCGCCAGACGCCACGCGGUCAUCGAAGCCGCCCACGCCGUCAAACACUCCCUGUGAGGAGGAACCACGUCUCCAUGGGUCAGUUCAUGUCCAGCUCCUGGUCCACAUGUCCCCACCAGGACACGUCCAUUCAUCACAUAUCAAUCAUUAUCUAUUCAUUCAGUUAGACGUGGAAAUAAAAAUACUGAGACAAUAAUCCAACUCAUUUCAUUUUUCACUCAGUGAGUCAUUGAAUCGGGACCAUGCACAUUAAUUAACACUGUGCAAUGGACUUUAAACAUAUUUAAUUUAUUUAAACUUAACACAUAAUUACCUGAGGCAGGUACUUACAACACAACUACAAGUCAACUAUAAAUGCGACUCAACUACAGUUUUAUUGUUCCACAAACAAAAAGCAUCGAAUUUGAAGAAAAAGUAAAUGUUUCUGGAGGAUGCGGGCAUCGAUCCCGCUACCUCUCGCAUGCUAAGCGAGCGCUCUACCAUUUGAGCUAAUCCCCCGGUUACGCAGAGCGCGCCCCAUCGGUCUAUUUACAGGCGCGUUCACGGCGAACUGCGUCACUGAUCGUUGGUGACUUCACGCAAAAAUAGGAACAACGGAACAAGUCAGAGGAUAAUUCUGGAGGUAGAACAUCACUCACCAGCAUUUAGCUAAAGCCUCACUGAGCAGAAUACCUUAGAAAACCUUUGGCUUCUAUUCAAGGACAACUACAAAUUAUUCAUAGCGUAAAUCAUUUAGUUUUAGUUGAUAGUCCCGGAAAUGAUUAAAUCGAGCUGACGAAAACGACUAAAAGGGAUAAUUUAACUGUAAUAUAUUAUAUUAAUAUUAUAAUAAGGUCAAAAAGAUAUAUAAAAUAUAAAACGGUUUAUUUUAGAAGCUGGAUGUAGCUGAACAAAAGCAGAAUUACAAAUAAUAAAAUCGAGUAUUUGCUAAUUAGCGACGUAGUAGCUCAUUAGAUUUGCCAAUUAUAUUAAAGUAGAAAUGUUAAUAAUCAUAAAUCAACAAGUUUCAGCCGUAAAACUCAGUGAAGUUUUGCUGCUCGUCCACUUUUGUCUGAAUCUGAUGAAUUUAAUCAUCUGAAUCCAUUUUCCUCAAAGCGGCGACAAUUUAAGAGAAUUAUAGGAACUUUACCAGUUACAGCUCAAACACCUUCCAAGGAAACAGAGCAACUGGACGUCACGAACAUCUCAGAAAUAUCACUUUAUUUCUGAGAAACGCUUUAACGGAAACAGAACUAUUGUGACACUUGAAGCAGAUUUGAUCCAAACUUCCACCGAAGGUCAAAUGUCCCAAAGCACAGAAACACAAGCAGCUUUCACUGUGUCUCCAGAUGUCCUGCUAAUGUCCCGCUAAUGUCCCGCUAAUGUCCCGCUAAUGUCCCGUCAUACCUGCGGGAGGUGAGGACAUUGUGAGGACAUUGUGGGGACAUUGUGAGGACAUUGUGGGGACAUUGUGGGGACAUUGUGGGGACAUUGUGGGGACAUUGUGGGGACAUUGUGGGGACAUGUCGUUGGGACGUGUCCAGGUCCCUUUUAGCUGCAUCG